AUGGAGUACGAAUUAGCACUUGGUUUCAAGAAACCAGGCUCCCCUUCCGUACAGCAGCUUUAUUCAUUUAUAGCUAGGUGGAAAAACAAUAGUACCAAUUGUAGAAAUGGAAAAGUUAAGAAAAGCAUACAAUCAAUAAAAACAUUCAUCAAGAAAGCCCGCACAGAAGGCAUGAAUCUAACAGCAGUUAUACAACUAGCAAGCGAAGCAGUGAAUUCAAUGACACACUCAAACAGUGGUACAGCAAAACAACUCUUUUUAAAUGAAACAUCCAAUGAAAUCGACAUUGUACUCAAAUACUGCCCUUACGAAGCACCCUUUCAUAAACCUUAUUGUUUCAAGUACGACAAAUCCACUUUAUGGCAAGAGGCGGAAGUUGUACCAAAAUUAUCCAAAUCUUUAUACAAAAUUCAUUUUCAUGAGAAAUUCCAUAUUAGAACAAUCAAUGAAAUCAAAUGCAAGAAAACCAAAAAACAGGAGAUAAGCGGAGACGAAGAAUCAGAAGAGGAAUCAGUCAAUUUCAUGAGUACAGCCUAA